AUGGCCCCCAAUAAAAAUGAUCAUCGCUACGAUGCCCUCCCUCCUAUCCCGACCUACGAUGAAGCCACCGGCGGCAACAGCCGAUCCGCCCUCGACGAGAACGACUACGACCGCACUGAUGCUUCGCGGUACGACGCACAUGAUGAUAGCGACUACGACUCCGAUGGUCUUCCCAACACCCGCGGCAGGUCGAGCGCCACUAACGGCUCAGCGCGUUCGCAACGAAGACCGGGUGGCUACCGACCACCAACAGUCGAGACUGAUGAUGAGGACUCAGGGUCAGAGGCUGGGGUCGAGGAUGAUCUAGUGCGCAGGGAGAUGCAAGAGUUGGAAAUAGACGAUGGCGCAAGCACCCGCUCAUCAUUAUGGUCAAAACGGAUACCCUUCUCUUUAUCCCUCCCCCAAUGGAAGUGGUCUUGGCGCUGGCGAUUACCAAAAUUACCAUCCAUACGGCUGGGCGAAAGGGCAAGCGAUGGUAGCAGUACAGACAAUGAAACACCGAGGCGGCGGUGCUUUCCAGCCAUGGACUCAACUGCGACAUUUCUCCUGGUCGGACGUGUACUGGCCAUCCUAGUCGUCAUGGGCUUCCUCUGGCUCUUGUUCAUGAGCGAUCUCUUCUCCAAUAUGACCCGGCGCCUGGGCGGCGGCCAGAUGUUCGAUCCCGAAAGCGUCCGCAUACAUGUCCAGAGCAGUGUCGACCGAACGCAAAUACGGGAGAACCUGAAGCACUUCACCUCGUACGCACAUGUUGCCGGGUCUGAAGGCGACUUCGCGCUGGCAAUGGACACCAAGAACAUGUUCGUCCAGUACGGGCUGGAGGAUGUGACGGUCGACGAGUACUACGUAUACCUAAACUACCCGACAGCGGACGGAAGAGCAGUAGAAAUUCUCGACGCCGACAACAAACCUGUAUGGGCCGCAAAGCUGGAAGAAGGGGACACGGGUGGCGAAACUGCUGGCCACCAGACAUACACCUUCCACGGACAUUCGAAAUCGGGAACCGUCCAGGGACCACUAAUCUACGCAAACUACGGCUCGAGGGAGGACUUCAAGAAGCUGUCCGACAGCGGGAUCCAGACAAAGGGAGCGAUUGCAUUGGUAAAAUACUACGGGACACAAGGUGAUCGUGCGCUCAAAAUCAAGGCCGCGGAGCUGGCUGGCUUCGCCGGAUGCAUCAUCUACAGCGACCCCCGAGAUGACGGCUUCCUGCGGGGCGACGUCGCCCCUGACGGACGCUUCAUGCCUGCGGACGGCGUGCAGCGCGGCGGCGUCAGCCUGAUGAGCUGGGUUGUUGGUGAUGUCUUGACCCCUGGUUGGGAGAGCAAGCAGGGCCUGCCGCGAUUGAAGCCUGAGGAAUCUUCGGGAUUGGUGAACAUCCCGAGCUUGCCUCUGGCGUGGCGCGAUGCUCAGGUGCUGCUGCAACAUAUCAAAGGGUUCGGUCAGCCGGCCCCAGAUGAGUGGAAGGGCGGAGUCCCAGAUAUCGGCGAAUGGUGGACAGGCAACCUGUCCGGACCGGUUGUGCGCCUGAAGAACGAGCAAGAUGAGCGCAUCGACCAACCAAUCUGGAAUGUCUACGGCCGCAUCGUGGGCAUUGAGCAGCCCGAGAAGUCCAUCAUAAUCGGCAACCACCGUGACGCUUGGUCCUACGGCGCCACGGACCCUGGCUCCGGCACAGCAGUCAUGAUGGAGUUAGCUCGCAUUUUUGGCGACCUCCUUGAUCGCGGCUGGCGACCACUGCGUACAAUCGAGUUCAUGUCAUGGGACGCCGAGGAAUACAACUUGAUUGGCUCCACCGAAUUCGUUGAGAAAAGUCUCGACGGUUUGCGCAAAGACGGAUACGUUUACAUCAACGUCGAUACACCCAUUGGGGGCGACGAAUUCCAUGCCUCCGGCAGCCCUGUCUUCCAAAAGAUCAUAUACCGCGUCAUCGACCGCAUAUACGACCCGAAUUACAACACCACGCUCCGGGAGCUGUGGGACCGCCGCAGUGGCGAGCUGGAAGGUCUUGGAGCGGGGAGUGAUUAUGUCGCAUUCCAAGAUAUUGCCGGGACCUCGUCUCUGGACCUGUACUUCCAGGAGUCCGAUGGCCUGCCGAGCCACCCCUACCACUCUAGCUACGACAACUUCGACUGGAUGGACCGUGUCGGUGACCCAGACUUUGUGUACCACGGCAUGCUGGCUGAGCUCAUGGGGCUUGUCAUCCUGGAACUGUGUGAUAGGCCAGUCCUUCCGUUCGACAUGGCGGCGUACGCCAACGCGCUGUACAAGUGGACUAACGAACUGUCUGACUGGGCGGAGAAGAAGGCUGCCAACCAAGACGCAAAGGGACUACUCGACAUGAACGUCCUCAAGAAGGCAGUACUAGACACUAUCGACGCUGUUGGAAGUUUCCAGAACUGGGAGCAGGUCUGGCAGAACAGUGUCCUGGCGGCGAACGGAUGGGAGCCGAUCGGUCUGGGCCAGAAGAGGACGGAAUAUAAUGACCACAUGGCCAAUUUUGAAACCGACCUUCUGGAUCUGGCCAUCGACGGUGGUAUUCCCAACCGGACACAAUUCCGACACGUUGUCUUCGGCCCGCAACUCUGGUCCGGCUACGACGAGGCCUUCUUCCCCGCCAUCCGCGACGUCGUCGAGAGCGGCAACUGGACGCUGGCCAACCUGACCGUUGAGAAGACAGCCCGCAUCAUCACGGAUGCUGCCGCCUCGCUGAAGGACUGGUCUUAG